AUGGGUGACUGGAGUUUCCUGGGGAACAUCUUGGAGGAGGUGAAUGAGCACUCCACAGUCAUCGGCAGGGUCUGGCUCACCGUGCUUUUCAUCUUCCGUAUCCUGAUUCUUGGCACAGCCGCAGAGUUCGUGUGGGGGGAUGAGCAGUCCGACUUCGUGUGCAAUACCCAGCAGCCCGGUUGCGAGAAUGUCUGCUACGACGAGGCUUUCCCCAUCUCCCACAUCCGCCUGUGGGUCCUGCAGAUCAUCUUCGUCUCCACGCCGUCCCUCAUGUACGUGGGCCACGCCGUGCACCACGUGCGCAUGGAGGAGAAGCGCAAGGACCGUGAAGCGGAGGAGCUGUGCCAGCAGUCCCGGGGCGACGGGAGCGAGAGGGUGCCCGUCAGCCCCGACCAGGGCAGCAUCAGGAAGAGCAGCAGCAGCAGCAAAGGCACCAAGAAGUUCCGGCUGGAGGGGACUCUGCUGAGGACCUACAUCUGCCACAUCAUCUUCAAGACCCUCUUUGAGGUGGGCUUCAUUGUGGGCCACUACUUCCUGUACGGUUUCCGGAUCCUGCCCCUCUACCGCUGCAGCCGCUGGCCCUGCCCCAAUGUGGUGGACUGCUUCGUGUCCCGACCCACUGAGAAAACCAUCUUCAUCUUGUUCAUGUUGUCCGUGGCCUUUGUGUCGCUCUUCCUCAACGUUAUGGAGCUGAGCCACCUGGGCCUGAAGGGGAUCCGGUCUGCCUUCAAGAGGCCUGUCGAGCAGCCCCUCGGGGAGAUCCCUGAGAAAUCCCUCCACUCCAUUGCUGUCUCCUCCAUCCAGAAAGCGAAGGGCUACCAGCUCCUUGAAGAAGAGAAGAUCGUGUCCCACUAUUUCCCAUUGACUGAGGUUGGGAUGGUGGAGACCAGCCCCCUGUCUGCCAAGCCUUUCAGUCAGUUCGAGGAAAAGAUCAGCACCGGACCCCUAGCGGACAUGCCCCGGAGUUACCAAGAGACACUGCCUUCCUAUGCGCAGGUGGGCGCACCGGAAGUGGAAGGGGAGGAGCCGCCAGUAGAGGAGGCCGCAGAACCGGAAGUGGGAGAGAAGAGGCCGGAAGCUGAGAAGGUGACCACAGAAGGGCCAGAGAUGGUGGCUGUGUUGGAGGGGGAGAAAGUGGAGCCCCCUGCUGUGGGGAAGGAGGGAGAAAAGGAGGAGCUGCAGGCCGAGGUUGCCAAGCAAGGGCUGGUGGCCGAGAAGACGCCUCCGCUGUGUCCAGAGCUGACCUCCGAAGAUACCAGACCUCUGAGCAGGCUGAGCAAAGCCAGCAGCAGAGCCAGGUCAGACGAUCUAACCAUAUGA